UCUGUUAGCGAGCGGCGAGGAGGAGGCGCGCUCCUUGCACAGUUCCUAUGACCCGGGAAACGAAGGGAGGACGAUGGGGGACCGACUCAAGUCCUUCCUCCGGGUCACGGUGAAGGGGGAUCUGAGCAGGAACGUGAGGGAUUUCUGUAAGAGGAACGCGCUGCUGACGCUGUCGGUUAUCGCCGUGCUGACCGGCUGCACGCUGGGCUUCAUGCUGAGAGGAACCCAGCUCUCCACACAGGCCAAGAUCUACUUCUCUUUUCCAGGAGAGCUGCUGAUGAGGAUGUUGAAGAUGCUCAUUCUCCCUCUCAUCACGUCCAGUUUAAUGUCGGGUCUGUCGUCGAUGGAGUCGAAGGCGUGCUGUCGCAUGGGGGUGCUCACCGUCACCUACUACCUCUGGACCACCUUCAUUGCCGUGGUGGUCGGCAUCGUGCUCGUCGUCAUCAUCAAACCUGGCGUGGGGACGGACAUGGAGAGUAACCGGCUGGGAGGGGGGCCCGUCAUGACCUCGGCCGACGCCCUGCUCGACCUUAUCAGAAACAUGGUUCCCUCUAAUCUGAUCGAGGCCACGUUUCAGCAGUACAAAACAGACCUGAUUCCCAUCCUCAAAGUCCCGACCAAAACCAUCCAGCCCAACUUUGUCUACAUCGUCCCCGAUGAGAGUGACCCUAAAGGUCGGACGGUGUACCUGGAGCUGACGCCAGCACCGGAGGUCCUGUAUAAGACAAGUCCCGGAAGCAGCCAGCAGAUGAAUGUCCUUGGCAUCGUCAUCUUCUCUGCAACCAUGGGUCUGUUGCUGGGCAGGAUGGGAGAACGAGGAGCUCCGCUGGUCAACGUCUGUCAGUGUAUCAACGAGUGUGUCAUGAAGAUCAUCAACGCUGCUGUUUGGUACUUUCCUUUUGGGAUCAUCUUCCUCGUGGCAGGGAAGAUCCUGGACAUGCAGGACCCGAGCACGUUGGGGAAGAAGCUGGGCUGGUACGGCAUCACCGUCCUCGCUGGCCUCUUCGUCCAUGGGCUCAUCCUCCUCCCUCUCUUCUAUUUCCUCCUCACCAAGAAAAACCCCUUCACAUACAUCCGUGGGCUGCUGCAGGCCAUGGUGAUCGCCCUGGCCACCUCCUCCAGCUCUGCCACGCUGCCCAUCACCAUGAAGUGUUUGUUGGAGAACUGUCACGUCGACCGACAGAUUGCUCGCUUCGUCCUUCCUGUGGGAGCCACCAUCAACAUGGACGGCACGGCGCUGUAUGAGGCUGUGGCUGCAAUCUUUAUCGCUCAGGUUAAUGACUAUGAGCUGGACUUCGGUCAACUGGUCACCAUCAGUAUCACAGCUACAGCUGCCAGCAUCGGUGCAGCAGGGAUUCCCCAGGCCGGUUUGGUUACCAUGGUGAUUGUGCUGACAUCUGUGGGGUUACCGGCAGAUGACAUCACACUCAUUGUGGCCAUCGAUUGGAUCCUAGACAGAUUUCGGACCAUGAUCAAUGUCCUUGGUGACGCCCUGGCGGCAGGAAUCAUCGCUCACCUCUGUCGGAAAGAUUUCCCUCUCAGCGGAUCAGGAAAGCCUGUACCGUCCUAUGGCACACAGACUCCUCACGGUCACAACAACUCCCACAGCGUCGACGUGCAGAUGACGGAGAUCCACACACACAAAGAUUGCAUGUUCGAGGCGAUGGGCGACUCAGCGGGUGAGAGACACGCACACACUGUCUACUACAACAUAUGUCAGGUCUGA